AUGCAAAUUCCUUAGAUUCCACCUGAGUCUAGACCUAGUAAAUUGACUAGAAUCUCUAACUAAACAUUUUAUUCAUUGGAAAAUUGUGAUGUUUUCAAUAAUCAAAUUGAAAAUACGGAUUUGACGAUGUAAUAAGAUUUAUUACAUUAAGGGAUUAAAUACCUAUGUUAUAAUAAGUUUUUGAAGUACGAUAUUCAUAACAUAAAGAAAAUCAAGUAUAAAAAUUUUAUAACAUGCCUUAUUAAGAAAGAAUGUAUUUUAUGAUGGAUAAGGAUUCAGGCAGAAUAUUUGAUAUGCGUAUACCUGAAGUAAUAAAUUUAUUAUAUAAUAAAGUAAGCAAAAGAAAUAUAAGCCAUUUUAAAUGGUAAUACGAUUAAUUUAAUUAAGGAUUAGGCUUGGAAUGAGUUUAUGUAUUAAAAUCUAAGUAUGUAGAUUGUUGACAAAAAAAAUGAAUGAACAUUUGUUAGAUUAUGCAGAAUUAGGAGAUGAGGAAUCGAUUAAUACAUUAUUGAUACCUACUAAUGAAUAUUAUAUUAAUAUUGAUACUAAGUAAGAUUAAAUGGUUAUAAUUAUAAGAGGUUUAGAUGAUUGGACUGCAUUACAUUUUGCAUCAAAUGAAGGGAAUUUAGAGAUAAUAAAUAUUUUAUUAAAAAAUGGAGCUACUGUGGAUAGUUUAACUAAAUUUUAAAGAACUCCUUUCUUUUUAACAGUAAUAUAGAAUUUCAUAGAUUGUGCUAAUGUUUUAUUAGAACAUAACGCAAAUAUUAAUAUUUAAGAUAAGGAUGGAAAUACUCCAUUGCAUAUAGCAUCAUAAAUAGGAUCAAUUGAAAUGAUAUCAUUUUUAUUAGAAAAGAAGGCUGAUCCAAAUAUUAGAAAUAUUUUCAAUUAAAAUUCUAUGUAGAUCUGUUGUGAUGCUAAUAGUUUACAAAUAUUUAUAAAAUAUGGAUAUGUAAAUCAUGAUGAAGUAAUUGAAUUUCAUAAAUUUCAAGAAUUAUGAGAGAACCAUAAUACCUGGAACCAAUUUCCUUUUAAGAAAUAGUAGAUAUGAUCAUGUGAUGAAAUUUAUAGCAACAGAUAAGUAAUCAGAAGGAUUAUCUACGAAUAAUUGUAAUUAAG